UGAGUGCCUGGGCCUGAGAAGAACCGCAUUGAAGUCACCGCCUACAUGCAAACCCAUGGAAUAACCACAUAAAAAUUAUGGGUGGCACUGAGGAAAUCUACACCGUCCACGUGAAGACCCGUCCAGACCCUAGUCAAAAAUACCCGUCGGAAAGGGCUUAUUCCUCUUCGACGGCUGGAGGACUCGCAGUGAUCCAUCUCUUCCUCAGCGGCUUAGGCGUAGCUCUUUCAUGUGCCAUUUUGUCAAAUACAGGUGAUUUGGUGGGUGGAGCGACGCUGGUCACCGGCUCCCUCCUCAGCGGCAUCACUGGGAUGUUCGCUUGGAAAAGGUGGUACGUGGACCGGUACGUCAGAUGGUUUUUUGCUGCUUCUUUAGUCUCCAUAGUCGCCGCGGUGUUCACCAUCUCUCUGACAAUCUACUGUCUCGUGUGCCCGUCCCUUCAGACGGUUUAUUUUCUCAGAUUGGGCCCGAUCAGGGUCCGAGAGUCGAACGGUACCGAGCCUUCGAGGCAACCACUGGACGAAAACGAGGAUGUGCCCGUAUUGAAAGAAUUACACAUACACAUGAUCCUAACGGCGAUAAUGGAGUUUCUCGUCUCGGCCGUGUCGAUCAAGAUUGCGUGGAAAGGCGUCAAGAAUAGUUACCAGAAAAGGCCCAUCCUGCCGGUGCGGACUGAGGGCGUCGGAGGCAACGAGCCACACCGACCAGACAUACUCCCCAACCACAAAGAUACAGAGAACAAAGUCACAAACUACACAAACGUCAUGAAAGAGCUGUACAGGCUGCAGAAGUCAUCCGUCCUUGCGAAGGACGUUGUCGGCAACAAGAUCAUCAAAAAAUUCUACGUCGUUGGCCAGGGUGAAAACGGCCUCCCGCUCCCAGAGAGUCGAAAAGAGUACCAGGAGAGAAUGGAAAAAUUCCUUGCUUCGAACCACGAUGGCAAAGAAGCCUAGUCUUAUUAUUGCCAAUAAUAAAUACAUAAAUCUAUAAUAAAUUAUGGACAAGCGUGUAGCAGAAGUGGCUGACCUAAAAACCUUCUCAAUAUCGUUCAGUAUUAACUAUAAUAACGUGAUUUAUUAUUUUGAUUAUGCAUCACUGCUUUACCAUCAUAUUUCUACCAAAUGAUCAAUAAAUUGUGUUCCUAGGGAAGGAAAACAAUUUCUUAAUGCAUCGAACUGAUCUCAAACUUUACAGUGUUAAACAAAUCGUCUAAAAUGUUAACAAUUGUCCCAUACAAAAUUAAUUAAAUUUUGUGAAAGUGUAACGCUUAAUCAAAUGUACAAACAAAAUGGUCGGCAAUGAUCAAAGUGUUGACACAUUUAAUGGCGUUAUUUUUAAGAAUUUUAUAUUGUGUUUAAAUGCGAUUGUGUCAAGGUAUUGUCAGGGUAAGAAUGUUUUUUAAAUAUAAACUUUUGUUUAAAUUUGUAAGUAUGUAAAUAUUGUAAC